UUUUCUCAAAAUUAACCACUGGGAGUCACUAUUGAAUCGGGACACCAUGGACAUCGUUGUCCCUCCCCUUUCAGAGCUUUUGUUUCCUGCCGAACAGAGCAAAGAAGGUUUUUGAAUCAAACACACUAACCGAUGGAUUCACGCUUCUUAUUCUGGAAAAUGUGAUAUUCAGCUCGUUGAACAUGAAUAAUUGCUGAUGAAGUCACUGGCUCCUGUGCGUAUGAGUGUUAUUGGAUAACGAUGGGGAUCGAAACAAAUAUUCGGACAAAGGACUGCUCCUGGUUUUCUUUUUAUGUCGCUCUGCUGCUGCUGUUCGGAAAACAGGCUUUGGCUCAGAUAAGGUACUCUAUUCCUGAGGAGGUACAAGAGGGAACUGUUGUUGGAAAUGUUGCGAAGGAUCUUGGUCUUGACAUCUCCUCUUUGAUUGCUCGACGGUUUCGUGUUGUGUCUGGAAGUAAGGACGCUAUUUUUGAAGUAAACCAGAAUAAUGGAGCAUUGUACGUUAACAAGCAGAUUGACCGAGAGGCGCUCUGUCAGGGCAGCGGUGCAUGCCUCAUGGAGCUAAAAAUCCUCGUUGAAAGCCCUUUAGAAAUACACUAUGUAAAUGUAGAAAUAACUGAUGUAAAUGAUCACUCUCCUAGUUUUCCUGAAAGAGAACAGACAUUUGAAAUAGCUGAGCAAACAUUGCCAGGGAAGCGGUUUCAGCUGCACACUGCUCGUGAUCCAGAUGCUGGAGUUAACUCUAUUCGUACAUACACUUUAACGUCAAAUGAACAUUUUGAAGUAGAUAUUCGUCAGAGUGAUGAGGAGAAAAUACCAUUUUUAGUGCUUAAGAAAUCGUUAGACAGAGAACAAAAGAACAAACACACGUUCCUGGUUACAGCAGUUGAUGGAGGUAAACCUCCAAGAUCAGGAACACUAAAUGUUUCUAUUAUUGUUCUUGACAGUAAUGAUAAUCGUCCGAUAUUCAGUCAGGAGAUUUAUCAAAUAGAAAUAUAUGAAAAUGCUGCAGUGGGUACUUCAAUAUUUAGAAUGAAUGCAACUGAUCCGGAUGAAGGCACUAAUGGGGAAAUUGAAUACAGCCUUGGAAAAACUCUGAAACGAAAAAUAUAUGAUGUUUUUGAAUUGGACAAAUUAACUGGAGAGAUAAGAGUUAAAGGACUAGUGGACUUUGAAGACAACGACGUUUAUAAACUCGAUGUUGAGGCAUCAGACAAAGGAACACCUCCAUUAACAGGUGAAUGUAGAGUCAUCAUAAAGAUUAAAGACAUUAAUGAUAAUCCACCUGAAAUAGAAGUCACGUCACUGUCAAAUACAGUGUCAGAAGACUCAAAACCUGGCACAGUUAUUUCUCUCAUCAGUGUGACGGAUAAAGACUCCGGCGUUAAUGGAAAAAUAAUAUCAAGCAUAAACUUAGACGUGCCAUUUGAAUUAAAGCCUUCUUAUAAGGAAAACAUAUAUUCAGUUGUCACGAAGGGAUUUUUGGAUCGAGAGGAGGUGUCACAUUAUGAAAUAACAAUAAAAGCCACUGACUGUGGUGAACCUCCUUUAUCUACUGUUAAAACUCUCAAUAUUCAGAUAUCAGAUGUAAAUGACAACAGACCACAUUUCGAUCAAUCUCCUUUAGCGUUUUAUCUUGUAGAGAAUAACGUUGCUGGAAAUUCCAUUUUCUCUGUAAGCGCAACGGACAAAGAUUUGAAUGACAACGCAGCUAUUUCAUAUCAUAUAGUGAGAGAAGGGAGUCAAAAUGAUAUAAUGUCUUUCCUCAAUGUAAAUUCUGAAAACGGACACAUUUCAGCACUAAAAAGUUUUGACUUUGAAACACUGAAAACGUUCCAGUUCCAAGUUGUCGCCACAGAUUCUGGAACUCCGUCACUAAGCAGCAACGUCACAGUGAACGUGUUCAUUCUGGAUCAGAACGACAACGCUCCAGUCAUCCUGUAUCCAGUCAGCUCUAACGGUUCUGCUGAAGGUGUGGAGGAGAUUCCCCGCAAUGUGAACGCAGGACACUUGGUGACUAAAGUCAGAGCCUAUGACGCUGAUAUAGGAUAUAACGGCUGGUUACUGUUUUCACUGCAGGAAGUUACUGACCACAGUCUCUUUGCUUUGGACCGCUAUACAGGACAGAUCAGAACACUUCGCUCAUUCACAGAGACAGACGAGGCUGAGCAUAAACUGAUCAUACUGGUGAAAGACAAUGGCAACGUUUCUCUCUCAGCAACAGCUACUGUGCUUGUCAAAGUUGUGGAGCCCAAAGAGGCUUUUGCUGCUUCUGAUGUUAAAAGUGCAACAAGAGAUGAGGAGGGGACUGAUGUGACUUUUUACCUCAUGAUAACUUUGGGAUCAGUUUCUGUACUUUUUAUCAUCAGUAUCAUCGUGCUGAUUGCAAUGCAGUGCUCCAAAUCCACAGAGUAUACUUCGAAAUAUCUACAAGAGACUAAUUAUGAUGGGACACUGUGUCACAGCAUCCAGUACAGAUCUGGAGACAAACGCUACAUGUUAGUGGGACCCAGAAUGAGUAUAGGAUCUACUAUAGUCCCGGGCAGCCAUGCCAACACACUAGUGCUCCCUGACAGGAGACGGCCUUCUGGAGAGGUAAGACUUUGA